UUCGAACAGGACGGGGUCACUUUCCGGUCUGAUUGGGCUUGACUCGCCUAAAAAUGCUUUGGUUCGUCCAAAAUAGCCUGCUAUCGCGUGCCAACAAAAAGGGGGCUUCGCUAGUGUAGCGUAUGUAGUGCCUAUAGCGAGUACCUACUCCAGACCACACAUACCAGCUUGGCAAGAUGUGAGCGCCUCGUUUUGUCUGGUCAAACCUGCGGUGCAAACGCCAGCAAUACGGACUUCAGCGCGAGCCCGUUGUUUCUUAGUCCUUCAUAAUGUCAUGUUUUUCAAGGUUUUACUUUGUCACUCUUGUUUAUAUAAAACAAUACAAUCCGAGCAGAUAAUUCAGUUCCCAUAAGGAAGUAAUUUGUGAUUGAAUUAGCGAACUGGUAAAUGCAAUUACGACAAAGAAAGCAUCUGUUUCUCAUUGUUUACGAUUGCACAGAGGGGUUUUUUCGUUUCCUUGAAUUUGUUUGUAUUUGUUCCAAACUUGGUUUACAUUGAUUUCCAAUUUCUAAUGCGUUACAUUGGACACUUGGCAUCGAGAUGGUUUCAAUUUUCACGAUCGGAUGAAAACGACGAUCGACUCUGUCCAGUUCGACAGUUCAAAUUGGAUAAUUCAAUUAAAAUGUUCGGCAUGUGGACGCAAGUCAUUGCAUCAGGUGUACAGGUGUAGGAAGAGAAGGUGGAAAUGGAACUGCCAAAUCAUGCCAAACAAAUACUGCUACAGCUGAACCAGCAAAGAGCCAAAGGUUUCCUGUGUGACGUGAUCAUCGUGGUGGAGAACGCCCUCUUCCGGGCGCACAAGAACAUCCUGGCGGCCAGCAGCAUCUACUUCAAGUCCCUGGUGCUCCACGACAACCUGAUCAACCUGGACACGGAGAUGGUGAACCCGUCCGUGUUCCGGCAGAUCCUGGACUUCAUCUACACGGGCAAGCUGCUGUCCUCGGAGCCGAGCAGCGAGCAGAACUUCACCGCCCUCUUGACGGCGGCCAGCUACCUCCAGCUGCACGACCUGGCGGCGCUCUGCAGGAAGAAGCUCAAGCGCAAUGGGAGGGUGGUCCCGGGGAAGCCCAGCGCCCCCGGCGGGGGCCGCCCCCUCCGCGCCCCGAGGCUGUCGGCCACGCCCGCGGGGCACAAGCGCUUCCCCGGGUCCGACUGCGAGAGCAAGCCCCCCGACGACCGGCUGAAGGACAAGCUGUCCGACGACGAGCUGUUCGUGGGCGGCGGCCUGCAGCCCGGCUCCGCCCCCCUCCGCCGCUCUGCGGGGAAGAACGGCAGCAGCGGCAACCUCAGCUCGGGGAGCGGCGGCGACCAGGAGCUGGGCCUGGACCUGUCCAAGAAGAGCCCGUCCGACAGCACCGCCACAGAGGAGGUGAGCCCCAACAGCCUGGCCCAGGGGUCCCCCCAGUCCGCCUGCGCCUCCACCGCCAACAGUGCCUCCUUCGAAGACUCCGCCCCCAACCCGCCGGGCCUGGACGGCGUGGAACCCAUGGAUGUGAGCGGGGGGCCGGAGGAGAAGAACCCGACCCCCCCGGACGCCGGCCAGCCGCGCAAGAGCUCCCGCCAGGUGGCCCGGAAGAAGGAGUGGCCCAAGAAGGAAGGGGGCGGGGCCAAGGGCGAGGAGAGGGCGGUGCCCAACGGCGUGAUCGUGGGGCCCAAACCGGGGGAGGGCCACUGCGGCAGCAGCGGGGGGGGCAGUGGCAGCAGCUUCGCCUCCGACCACUCCUUCCAGUGCAAGGAGGAGGAGGAGGCGGAGAACGGGCAGGACCACAGCGAGGAGAGCGGGCAGAGCGACGGGGAGGGCGGGGCCGGGGGCGGAGCCGGGGGCGGGCACUCCAGCGCCAACUACGUCUACCGGCAGGAGGGCUUCGAGCCGGCGUUCGGCGACAACCUGUACGUGUGCAUCCCCUGCGGCAAAGGCUUCCCCAGCUCGGAGCAGCUCAACGCCCACGUGGAGACGCACACCGAGGAGGAGCUCUACAUCAAGGAGGAGGGCACCUACGUGAAGGAGGAGGAAGAGGAGGAGGCGGAGGACCUGUCCGCCAGCACGCCGGCCUUCGGCGCCGGCUCCGAGCCCCGCCCCUUCAAGUGCACGGUGUGCAGCAAGAGCUACAAGGACCCGGCGACCCUGCGGCAGCAUGAGAAGAGCCACUGGCUGACCCGGCCCUUCCCCUGCAACAUCUGCGGCAAGAUGUUCACGCAGCGCGGCACCAUGACCCGCCACAUGCGCAGCCACCUGGGCCUCAAGCCCUUCGCCUGCGAGGAGUGCGGCAUGCGCUUCACCCGCCAGUACCGCCUGACCGAGCACAUGCGCGUGCACUCGGGCGAGAAGCCCUACGAGUGCCAGCUCUGCGGCGGGAAGUUCACGCAGCAGCGCAACCUGAUCAGCCACCUGCGCAUGCACACGUCCCCGUCAUAAAGCCAAAGACUGCAGCCCCUCCUCCUGCAAACGCACGCACACUGGUACUCACACACACACAUGCAAGCAUGCACAUACACAUACACAUACAUUCAGGUACUCUCACAUGCACAGAUGGGCACGCACCCACACAGGUACACCCACACAGGACACAGGUGUCAUUGCGCAGGUGUUGCCGUGGUGAAAAGCUCCGUCUCAGAGCAGCCCAUCCUGCAGCUGUGCUGCUCUGCCCGGGGGCGGGUGGAAGGGCUGGGUGGUAUUCUCUGCUGCAGUGAGUGUCUGUGGGUUGGUACCCUGGCACCACGGGCACGGCGGGCACCUGAGGCCGCUGCGUCACCUCCAUAACGUCGCCAUGGUUUCCGCCGACUCCCGCCGCUGUUGCCGGGGCAUUCCCGCGUCAGACCGCUUCAGCACCAAACACGAACCGAGGCAAUAAGUUUAAAGCAGAAAGGCUGCAGGUCCAGGGCACAAGCGAUUGAUCCUGUCAGUAAUGGGGUGGGGUGGGGGGGGGGGGGCAUGUCUAGGCUUUAAACCCUUUCUGUGGUCUGUGGGGUCCACUGGCCUCACUGUGGUCACAUGGUUAUUUUAGUGUCCCAAACGCACACAUCCUGGGGUUGGGGGGGGCUGAGUUCUCUGCUUUAUUUUCUCUGGUAUGUUCAUUUAUAGAUAAUAGGGGUAUUUCCUUCAAAACAAAUAAUAGAGGUACUUGUUUUAUUAAAAGAACUUGUAAUGUUUAUGUGAAUGUUUAAACUGGAAGGUUCUGGGGUUGUUCCUAUAGUGAAGGGGGUUGUGUUUGGGUGGGGAUGUG